AUGUGUAUAUGUAUAAUAGGCACUGGUACUUUUGGUAGGGUAUAUCUGGCCAAAGAAAAAGGCGGCCGACGUUUUUAUGCAAUAAAAGUAUUGAAAAAGGCCGAGAUUGUACGUUUGAAACAAGUUGAACAUAUCAACUCUGAGCGCCAGGUUCUUUCCGAAGUCAACUUUCCAUUUGUUGUACAGCUUUAUUCGACCUUCCAGGACGAUGUGCAUCUUUACAUGGUUCAGGAAUAUGUAAUUGGCGGGGAGCUAUUUAGACAUUUGAGACGUGCGGGUCGAUUUACCAACGAUAUGACAAAAUUUUACACGGCCGAGAUUGUAUUGGCAAUAGAAUAUCUGCACUCGAAAGGAAUUGUGUAUCGAGAUUUGAAACCAGAGAAUCUUUUAUUGGAUAGCCAGGGACAUAUUAAGAUCACAGACUUUGGAUUUGCCAAAAAAGUCCAAGGUAGAACAUGGACAUUGUGUGGAACACCAGAGUAUCUUGCACCAGAGAUUAUCCAAAGCAAGGGCCAUAGUCGUGCAGUGGAUUGGUGGUCUUUAGGGAUUCUGAUUUUUGAAAUGUUGGCUGGUCACCCGCCGUUCUAUGACGAUAAUCAUUUCGGAAUUUAUGAACGUAUUCUUAGUGGCAAAGCACAAUACCCGAGUUAUAUGGACAGUGCAGCCAAGGACCUAAUCAAGCGACUGCUCAUAGGAGAUCGCAAUCGUCGUCUAGGUAACUUGGCAGGCGGGGCUGAAGAUGUCAAGCGGCACAAAUGGCUACGUCACACAGAUUGGCACGGUCUACUCAACAAGACUGUUCGAGCCCCACUUAUACCCUCUCAUGCAAACGAAUGUGACACGAGUAAUUUUGAAAAGUAUCCCGCUGAACAACCUGAAGACCUUCCCAAGGGCGAUCCCUUUAGUCACCUAUUCACGGAUUUUUAAAAUUGCAAUUUUUUUUUUCAUUUUUAGUACUCGCACACAUUUACACACAUACAAACUUACUUGCACACACACACAUAAUCUCUCUGUAUUUGUUUUUUUUUUCCUUUAAAAAGAAAAAGAAACUUAAUAUUCUUCUCUUAUUCUUUUAUUCUAUAUAUUAUUAUUAUUCUUAAUUUUCUUCUCUUUCUUAUUCUUUUCUUCUUGCCACUCAAUUCCAUUAAUAUCCUAUAUUACAUUUAAUAUCUCU